GGUCAACACCUGCAGUCAACAACUCGACAGUUCAAUAAUAGAUCCCGACAGUUGCAUGGCAACGACAACAUGCCAAUUCCUGUGCAUAGUCUGCAACAUUUGCUAAAGCUUCCAGGCAAUUUGCGAGCAGCCAGUACCGAGACAUUUACGAAGUAAACAUCAAUAAUUCACUAUUACUGCAGCCUCGCGACAGAUCGCAAACGCGCCAGUUUCCGUCUCGCCGCGCAACAUUCAAAUUAUUGGCAUUUUCGACUCUGCGGUAGAUCUUUGACAGGCGCUCAAUAUGGAUUCCCUCUUUCGCCUCAAAGAUACAAUCGUCGGGAUGCUCACUCCCUCCCCUAAGCGCCGUCGAACUGCCCCUGAAUCUUCGAGUACCGCGCCAGACGAGGAUCACUUUUUUAUCCCCAGACCUCCUCUCGACAACGUACCGAGCGAUUUCAGCACACUGGCAAACGAGCAACGUUGGUCGCCUGGCAGGAUAAAUCCUCGAAAGAGAGCGAGACGCGAUGAUUCGGAGGAGAGGGAGACGGUCUUGCCCGAGGAUUCUAUUUCGCAGGUCAUGACAUCGGUCGAGGUGAGCUAUACUAGGGAGAUCAAAAUGGAAUCCGUCAGCGGAGGAUCUGCGCCAGCCUUUUCUGCUUCCAAUGAAGACGAAGAAGAUGUUGAAAUGGGAGCGGAGGAAGAUGUCGAGUACGACUCAGAUGGAAAUGAAAUCGAGGGCGAAGCUGAAGUUGAGUAUGAUUCUGACGGUAAUGAGAUCGGGCUUGAAGAAGUCGAAUAUGACUCAGAUGGAAACGAAAUCGAGGUUGAAGAAGAAGUUGAAUAUGAUUCUGAAGGGAAUGAGAUUGAAGGGGAAGAGAGUGAUGGCGAAGUUGAGCUCGACUCAGAUGGCAACGAAAUUGAAUACGAGGAGGGCGAGGAAGAGGAGCAAGAAUCGGACGAAGAGGAAGAACCAGAUGAUGAAGUAGAGGAAGAAGAGUAUGAGGAAUCACCCGAACCAGAAACAGAAGACCCAGCACAAGUUGCUGCACGGGAAGAAGAGGAACGUCGCGCUCGAGAAGCCGAUCUUGCCGACAGACUCGCAGAUAUAGAGCAAAUAAAGGCAGAAGGGUAUCUGCACCCGGAUGAACUAUGGCUUUACGAGAGACUCGCAUUACGUGGGUUCGAACCAUUGCUACCCCACGAGUGGGAGCGAGAUUUCAGGUCACUUCCCUACUAUCUGUUCCACGACACGUUAUCGCAUAAGCUGGAUGAGAAACCGAUCAUCGGCUUCACUGGCCGCUAUCUAAACCACGGUAAGUUGUGACCGUGACCACACAAGUCAAAAAUUGACUAACGGUUUAUACCAGGCGCAAAAUACUUGCAACCGCUCAUCGAGGUUGGUUGUUCGGUAGCAUAUGAUUACCAUAACAAUUCACCUAGCUACAUAAUCGAGAGGCGGGUUCAUAGAGUUAUCAAGCAGUUCAACAAGGUGGUCGAAUUGGAUGGAGAUUACUUCAGACGACGCAUACUUCCUGUUUUGACGCUCAUUCAAACCAAGCCUGGUCAAGAGGCCGAAAGACUCAUCAAGAAAAUUACCAAUCAAAUGACAUUCCUGGCCAAGAGACAUAGAGAAUAUCUUGGGGCUAUCGAAAACGAGAAUGGAGAUGUUAAAUUGGAUCCAACUAGGAGAAGACCGCCGCUUCUAUAUGGAAUCAUAAUCGUUCGGCAACUUGUCAUCGUACUUACCCUCGACUCGUCAGAUCCCAAGGCAAACAUCAAAACCAUGAAAAACUUUGACUUGAGUGAGAAGACUCAAAGUGUUUGGAAUGGUCUUGGAAUUGCUAUUGUCUGCACGGCUGCGCGUAAGUACUUGGCGGAAGUCAAGGAUGAGUUCGAAAUUGAAAGCGAGGUGGAUGAUCCUGAUGCCUAGUUUGAAUCUUGAUAUGAGGCUGGCUAUUUUGGUAUCUUGGUUUCCUUGUAUCUUACGUAUACCAAGAAUACGCGCAGGUAUCGAAUGUGUCUGAGUAGUGUGUACUUGUCUUAUUUUCUUUUUCUGACGGAGCGUGUUCAUACACGUGGGGCGAGAGAGCGCCAAUUAUGUACACUACGGUUUUUGUUUGUCGCGGAUACCCAACACACAGAUACCCAACUGUUACAUAGCAACAAUGAAGUCACCUUUCUGAUUUACUAGAGCGAAUUAAUA